GGGCAGAGUUGAUUUAGAAAUAUUAUGGUGGUGGUUGUGCUCGAGGUUGUGGAAGAGUUAAGAUUCAGGUGUUGGUGUUGGUGACAGGCUACUGGUGGGGAGGUGGGUGGAGGCAGAGUGGAGAUGUUAGUGCUAGUGAAGGAAGAGUUGAGGUGAUGGUAGGAGCAGUGGGGUUGGUGAGUUAAGGGGUUUGAGAUUAGUUAGACUUGUACUGGUGGUGGCGGUGGCUUAGGUAAGUUGGUGUUGUUGGUGUUGGCUAAUUUAGGAGUGUGAUGGAUGUGGUGAUGGUGGUAGUUGUGGUGGUGAUGGUAGACUGUCCGAAUGCUGUUGGCGGUCAAUCUGAGAUGAUGGUAGUGGUGGUUGUAUUUCAAAAAUACAUUUCUGUCUGAGCUACGUCAGUCUAGAAAUGCUUCAUUACUGUUGCGUUUAAGUUUAGCGAUAUUUGACCAUAUCUUUUAGUCGUUGAGUUUUCAACCAUAUGUAUGUUCUUUUUUUCUUUAUGUUCUUUCUUAUUUAUGUAGUUAUUUUAACUUAUAUGUAUUAUAUAUAUUAUUGUACUAAAAAGUAACUUCGAAACAAUCCAUGGACAAUAAGAAGUCAACUCACCAUGAAACAUCUGUUCGGACAUCACUCAUAGCCGGCAGUACUGCGGGUAUUUUUACAGAUAUUGCUUUGUAUCCGGUGGAUACAAUAAAAACGCGUUUACAAUCGAGUGAAGGUUUUAUCAAAGCUGGAGGAUUUAGAGGUGUCUACAAGGGAAUUACGUCUGCAGCCAUCGGCUCCGCUCCCGCUGGUGCGUCAUUUUUCUUUGCGUAUGAAAUUUGUAAAAACAAGACUCGACCUUACAUACAUUCGCCUCUGGGAUUAAAUAUUGCAAGUGCUUGUACGGCUGAAGUGUUCUCCAUCUCUGUGCGUAUUCCAUUCGAAGUCGUGAAGCAGAACGCACAAGCAGUAUCAAAGUUUAACAGUCGGACAGCUUUUCUACAUAUUUUAAAAACAGAGGGUAUUCCCGGAUUGUAUCGUGGAUAUGUUAGCAUGAUCUUUCGAGAUUUACCGUUCACACUUAUACAAAUACCCUUAUGGGAAGCCUUGAAGGAUAAAGUAUCAAAGGAAACUAAUCGCCCGGUGACAGCCCUGCAAUCUGGUUUAUGCGGGUCUGUUGCAGGUGGCACUGCAGCUACGUUGACCACACCCUUUGAUGUGGUGAAGACAAGAAUAAUUUUAGCUCAAGGACAAGCUGGUACCAAUGCAAACCUGCUAAAGAUAUUUUAUAAUAUCGCUGUUCACGAAGGCUUGAAAGGGUUAUAUGCAGGCGUGGUGCCUAGAGCAAUUUGGAUAUCCGCAGGUGGUUUUAUGUUCUUAGGAGCUUACGAGAAAGUAAAAAUAUUAUUACAAAGCUAACACAUGCUCCUGAAGUAUAUGACAAUUAAGAUUUGAUAGUUGUAUAUGGAAUUUUUAGUUAGACUUUAUUUAUACAAAUUAUAGUGGGAUAUCAAAAAAAUAUUAACUUCGAAAAAUAACUACAAUUUUUUAAGGUUUCGUUACUUGUGGGAGGAUAUACAAAAGAAAACAUUUAACUUUUGUGAUAUUCAAGGGGAGAAGUAGAUAAGAUUUUAAGAAUACCGAGAAAUUUUGCUGUAUUUUCGACCUGCGGAAUUGAUUUUCUUCAUAACUAAUUCUUUCCUUAACACAAAACUCUUUGUGGUUGCCCGUGCUAUUUAAGUCAUUUUGUUUUAAACCAAUCUAAUUUUAACGAAUUUCCUUUUUACAAAUAAUUU